AUGACUGCCUAUAAGACUCUGAUUGGGAUGUCCCCUUACCGGCUUGUUUAUGGUAAGGCAUGUCACCUACCAGUGGAGCUGGAGCAUCGAGCAUAUUGGGUUGUGAAGCAGUGUAACAUGGACCUAAUCCAGUCAGGGGGAGAAAGGAAACUACAGCUGCAAGAGUUAGAGGAGCUUUGUUUGGAUGCCUAUGAGAGCUCACACAUAUACAAGGAAAAGACAAAGGCAUUCUAUGAUAAGCAGAUCCUGAGGAAAGACUUUGUUGUGGGCCAGAAUGUGCUGUUAUUCAAUUCCCAUCUUAAGUUCAUGCCUGGUAAACUUAGAUCAAGAUGGGAUGGCCCCUUUGUUAUUGCUAAUAUUUUUCCUUAUGGUGCAGUUGAAUUAAAUGAUAAGCAGACUGGAAACACUUUCACUGUGAAUGGGCAUCGUCUGAAGCCCUUUUAUGAAGGAGCACAGCAGCAACUUGUAGAGACACAGAUGGAUGCAGAGCUUCGGCUGCUUGAUGUUGUUUACCCUCCUUAG